AUGUCUACUAUCCAGAAGAUGGCUUCCAUUGAGGAACUCAACAACGGCGAAUUCCACGACGCGGAUACCUCCAAACCCAUGACCGAAGACGACGUCGACGAGAUGACCAUCCCGUCCUACGGCGUCGGCGAAAUCUGCGCCCGCGGCAGAAGAGGCAGCGAAGGUCGUCUGGACCUUUUCCACGACGAGGAAAAGAUCUGCGAACUCCACUGGGACAACCGCCAGGAGAAUGGCUUUAAUUUAGUCGAGGUGCUGGACGGAAGUAAGCAGUACAGAGUAGAGCAUGGGGGAUGGAGCCCAGGGGCGGGUCCCCUGGGCCAUGUGUACGUUGAUGUUUGGGAGAUGAAGAAGAAGCUCGAGGAGAAGAAGAAGUUGGAGCAGAAGAUCGAGGAGAUGGAGAAGACCAAGGUUUGA